CGCGUGUCGAUAGGGGUCAUCACUGUGCUCACAAUAUCGACGCAGGGGGUCAACAUGCAACACAGGCUGCCCCGAGUUUCGUACAUAAAAGCUGUCGAUGUCUGGCUGACCACGUGUCUCAUAUUUGUCGUGACGUCCAUGUUGGAGUAUGCAGUGGCUAACAUGUUACUUCAGAGAACAGCGAGACAGAAAGAAAAAGCGGCGAGACCCGAGCCUAAUUCCAACAUCCUUAAGGCAUUUCAGAGUAGCGCCUGUGAGAAGAACGUGAAUGGAGUUCCAACGGCAAUCCUAGGUGCAGAAAUCAUCCCUCUCACCUCCAAGAAACACCAUGUAGAUAUGCCAACCUUGGACUUUACGCCGCUAGAAUCCAAAUGGAAUGCCGAUAACUUGGACAGAGCUUCCAGGGUGAUAUUCACAUCUGCUUUUGCCAUUUUUAAUGCCGUGUACUGGUGCGCCUAUCUGUUGAAUUGAACAACUGCUGAAUCAAUUUUAUCGUUAAAAAAUCCCUUUUGUAAAAUUGAUUUGUAUAGUCCUAAUAACUUAUUUUAACAAUGAUUGACAAGGUUUUUAAAACUUAAUAUCAUUUUUAAGGGAAAGAAA